UUCUACAAUUCAGUACUGCUUCCAGUCUGACUACGACAAAAUGCAUAAAAGUGGACCGUUGACGCGAACUUUACCGCUAACUUUAAACUUCAUAUUGGCUUUGUGCAGUCUUGUGCCGCAAGCUGUGGCUGAACGUGGCACAAAUGGACGCGAAAGGGAGGAGCAAAUCAUGCGCAAUGCCAAAGCAGCAGAGGUACUCAGAUAUAUGAACCGAGAAGCUGAUCCAUGCAAUAACUUUUAUGACUUUGCAUGCGGCAAUUGGGCGUCACAUCAACCGACAUUGUUGGAGGGAGAUGCACCGAUAUCCGUACAAAGUCAGUUGGCGCAACGCGUACGAAAGGACGUACAAAUGCUGCUCGAUGGCGGCGCACGCAGUAAGGGUCGGACGAAUUUGGAUGAGCGUAAAGUUAAGGAGUUUUACAAGUCGUGUAUAGUAGUCGAACGCUCUUCGUCGUUACAGCAAGCCUUUCUAAUGAAUUUCAUAAAGGAAUAUGAGGGAUUGCCGUUGCUUGCGGGCACCAACUGGAAUAUGAACUAUGAUUGGGUGCAGGUAGUGGCGCGUUUACGUCUGAACUAUGGCUUUGACUAUCUGAUUGGUAUGGAAGUGGUGACUACUGAGCAUUCGCUACCAGGCAAAGCGGUGAUACAAUUGACCGAACCGGCAACGUCAUUGCUACCGCGACACUUGUGCAGCGGAGGUGCUAUUUUGGAUACGCGGCUUGUCGAAAAACACACAGCGCAAUUGCAAAUUGAAAUCGCCUUGGACUUACAGUCUUGGUUUGGGCUAAAAGAAGAGGAAACCGAACGUGUCGCUGGCGAUAUUAUACGUUUCGAGCUCGAAUUAUGUCAAUAUAUGAGAGAGAAUGAAUCGUUGCCGCCAACCGAAAAUGAUGAGCCCGAACCAAGUGUUUAUGAGGGACGAGACUUGGCGCGCCUUUCAAAGGAUUUCGGUAAUAUAAUUAAUUUUAGAAGGUAUUUGGAAACCAGUCUCAAUUCAACCGUUGCAAACUCGGAGAUUGCAAUGAAAUCACCGGCUUAUUUUAAAAAUUUGGCACGCAUAGCACGCUUAAACCCGAGACCGACGCUAACCAAUUACAUAAUGUAUCGUGCACUGGCGGAAAUAAACUUUCCACGCAAUGAAACUAGUACUCCAAGAGCGGGGUACUGCGCGCAAUUGACCAUGCGAUUCUUCCCCAAAGUUGUCGGUGAGAUAUAUAAGAAUAGAUAUCAACGUAGCGAAAUUAGAACCGAUGCUGAGCAACUUUUCGACAAAAUCAAAGGCACUUUGAGUGAAUCUUUAAAUGUAAAUGAUUUAUCAGAAAAUGCACAGAGAACGUUGCGUAACAAACUGCUGGCAUUUGAGAGGUUACUCUUCCCCAUCUACAAGGGUGUCAACUUACGCGAUCUGCCACUAGAGCACACCAAUUUCUGGCAUAAGCAAGAUAUCGCCAUGAAGUUUAAAGGCUACAAAGAGCGUCAGCGUUUCUAUGGUGGCGAUCCCGAUUUGGAUGAAAGCCUCGUCGAAGCGUUUGAUAUACGUAUGCAGUUGCUGGAUAAUGGCAUUAUGACCGGUUGGGGACUGCUGCAACCGCCCUUCUAUGACUACAGUUAUGCCAAGUCCUUAAAGUAUGCGUUGCUGGGUCCACUUAUUGCGCGUGAACUGGCAGCCGCCUUGAUACCGGAUGAGCUGGAGACAGAGCUUACACGUGAUGACUCGAUUAUGGAAAUUUUUGACAAUGUUACCGAAUGCUAUCGCACGCAGUACAGCAACUACUUGUAUAAUAUACCGAAUGUAUUCUACAAUGCCAGCAAAUUGCGUGAGCUCAUGACAGAUAGCGCUGGCUUGAAUAUAGCUUUCAAAGCUUAUCUCGGCUGGCUAGCCGAUAUGGUUCCGACCGGCAAUGAUCGGCAAACUUUGUUACGUGAAACCCUGCCGGGUGUGGACUUUACCAAUACACAGUUAUUUUUCAUCGUUUUCGCGCAAUCCCGUUGCCAUGCCAAAUAUGUCAAGGAAAUGCCGCCAACAUUUCUUCCGCUGGAUACGCACACCGAAGAACUCUUCAAUGUAAAUGGUGUCUUGGGAAAUAAUGUGGAAUUUGCGCGUGAAUUUGGCUGCGUGCUGGGCACGGAUAUGAACCCGGAUGACAAAUGUACCAUGUUUUGAAUUUAACAAAUUUAAAUACAAGCAGAAAAACCUUUUCAAAACUGGACCAUAAAAUCCGAAAAUUGGAUAUUACAAGAGCUCUUGAUUAUUUAUGUGUUGUGUUUCAAAAAUAAGAACUUUUUCAUGAAAUUUCAAACCAUGGAACUAAAUUGUGUCUCUUAUUUAUAAGAAUCCUUUCUGAUAUUAAGUCGAUAAAGUGAAAAAAUAAAUAUUUUAAACCAAAAUAUUACAAUGUU